CGCAGGGACAGAGGGCUGGGCCAGGCCAGAGACCGCUGCAACUUUCACGAGUCCACCCAGACCUGCCGGGGCCAUCCCUGCCAGGCUGGGCUUGGGGCACAGAGGAAGCAAGACCAUGGUGGGGAAGACGGGGCCUGUGCUGUGGACGCUCUGGGCGGUCUGGGUGACUGUCAAUGCCAUCUCUGUGGAAACCCCGCAGGACGUGCUUCGGGCCGCCCGGGGAAAGAGCGUUACCCUUCCAUGCACCUACCACACUUCCACCUCCGACCGAAAUGGAUUUAUCCAAUGGGACAAGCUUCUAAGGAGUCACACGGAAAGGGUGCUCACCUGGCAAUUUUUGAUGAAAAGCUACAUCUACGGGGACCUUUAUAAGAACCGUGCCAACAUAUCGAGCAACGCUGAGCAGUCGGAUGCCUCCCUCACCAUAAACCAGCUGACCAUGGAUGACAACGGCACGUACGAGUGCUCGGUCUCCCUGAUGGCAGACCUGGAGGGAACCUCUAAGUCACGCGUCUGGCUCUUGGUCCUCGUGCCGCCCUCCAAGCCGGACUGUGGCAUCGAGGGAGAGACCGUGAUUGGGAACAACAUCCAGCUGACCUGCCAGUCGAAGGAGGGCUCCCCAGCCCCUCAGUACAGCUGGAAGAGCUACAACGUCCUGAACCAGGAGCGGCCGGCCCCAGCAGGAACAGAGAGCUUGCGGACCGGGGGACCGGGGCGGAGCUCACAGAGCUGGUCCCAGGGGGAAGCCACCUGGCCCUGGGGCCGACCCGCGGCGCUCCGGGGCCGGGACUGGUCGUCUCCUCGGCCUCUGGCGCCCCCUGGCGUCUGCAGCGGGAGGCGCAGGCUUUGGAGCGGCGCCGUGCCCCGUCCAGGAAUCUCCUCCNGGAAUCUCUGGGUAGCAGCUGCCUUGCGUCUGGGAGUGCCGCCCUCCAAGCCGGACUGUGGCAUCGAGGGAGAGACCGUGAUUGGGAACAACAUCCAGCUGACCUGCCAGUCGAAGGAGGGCUCCCCAGCCCCUCAGUACAGCUGGAAGAGCUACAACGUCCUGAACCAGGAGCGGCCGGCCCCAGCAGUCACGGGCCAGACCUUGUCUCUGAAGAACAUCUCCACAGACAUGUCGGGUUUUUACAUCUGCACCUCCAGCAACGAGGUGGGGACCGAGUCCUGUAACAUCACCGUGGCUGUCAGACCUCCCUCCAUGAACGUGGCCUUGUACGCGGGCAUCGCGGGCGGCCUGGCUGCAGCCCUCAUCCUCAUCGGCGUCGGCGUCUACUGCUGCUGCUGUCGCGGGAAGGACGAGGCCGAGGACACAAAGCCGAAUCGGAUGAUCUACCAGAAGCCUCCAGAGCAGGUGAGAGAGCUUCACACGGAGCAGGAAGAGGAGGAUGACUACAGGCAAGAAGACCAGAGGAGCACUGGGCGGGAGUCCCCCGGCCCCGCUGACCCGUGACCGGCGCGUGCUGCAGGGCUGGGGUGGGGAAGAUUGGUGUUCAUUCCUCGGCCUCCUGCCUCCGCUCUCCUUGCCCCAUUUUUCUGUCCCUCCAUUCCUGGCAUCGAUGGAAUGCUUCUUCCCUAUGUCAUCUGCUGGAGGACUCGGCUAAGGGCAUCUUACUGGUGACUGACCCUGCCAAGCGCCCUCACCCGCAAAGUGACCCCUUCCUACUGCCAUGCCUAGCUCCCAGCCUGGCCUCCCCUCCCUCUGUAGCUGGCGGGGGCGCUCCUGGUUGUGAGCGGUCCGGGCUGUGCAGAGGCCGCACCAGCCGCAGGAGAGCAGGUGCACGGCCCCGCGGGGAGCGCCUGGGGGUGCUGGUGGACAGGACAUAUUUGCUGAAUGAAUGAGUCCACGAAGGACUCCCUGUUAUUUAUCCAACCUAAUUGAAAACUCCUGCUUCAGGACCCACUUGGGCCUCAAGCCCCCUUUCCAGCUCCUCCCCACGUCUUUGCUGUACCCUCCAGAAACUCUCUGCAAGGGCCACCAUCCACUCCCCCACACACCUCCUUAGGGGCUCUUCACUUUCUCUCUCUGGCUGGGAUGCAGUUUCCACCGCUACCUGUCCCAACAGGCCCGUCUCAAGUCCUAGUGGUGCCUAUAACUGGACCCUGAUCUCCCCCACAUGUGGGGACAAUCUUGUCACCUUGUCCCACACUCCUCACGGGCCACACGGCAGUUAUCGGAGCAUUAGCCUAUCCUUAGGCUAAUGUCUGAGCUCCUUGGGCCGGAGCCUGGGCUUCACCGCCCCCCCGCCCCCCCCAGCUCAGGAGCCCUCCCAGCAGGUGCUCACUCCCCCUGAAUCCGGGUACCUGUUUUGAUAGGUUGAGGCUUCCCUUCCCUGCUCUCUCUGAUAGGUUUGUAGACUCAUGACUCCCACCCAAACCCCUUUGCUAAUUUAGUGAAGGAAGUGUGCGCUGAUAGAAGUGAAUGCACACGUGUGCACACAAGGGAGCUUGUUCCAGCCGGUCCCACGUUCUCGCUUCAUGAUGACUCCUCCGGAGAAUAAGGGGCACGACCACCCCUGCUUCCUGACACCUGACCCUGGACUCACCAGCCUGGUCCCGCCUGGCGCUGGCGCUGCUCUGCGGCCCUGCCACGGCUCCCGCGCCGGCCUGUUGUGUCGCCCACCGUCAGAGCACAGCCAGUGUCCCAGACUCGGGCUCACGGCCCUGCGGCUGGGCUCCCCCACGUGCAGUGUCCUAUCAAACAGAUGUCAUUGUCUUUUCUGGAUAAUCAGGAAACCAAUGCUGUAAAUGUAUCAUCCACUUGUGAUUUAAAAAAUAUAUAUAUAUAUUGUGUAUUUUGUUAAAUUCUUCGCUUCA